CAGUUGCAUCGCUCGAUCAAGCUCCAUUUCAAAAACGCCUACAACCUGAUCGUGGCGUCCACCAGCUUCGCUACUGACAAUAACCCCUACUUCGAGGCUGCGCUUGUCCGCAUCUACGACGACAAGAUUGCCAACGACUGGUCCAACGAGUUGUGGGACCUCCAUCGCGAAAUCGACUACCCUCUUGACAUCGCCCUUCCCUACUACUACCACACCCAGGAAAAGCCAGCAGCCCAGCCGUUUGACCCCAGGUUCACCAUCGCCGUCUACCUCCACCAUUUAGCCCUGGACCCCUCGGAGGUGCCCUUUCACUGGUCCGACUGGGUGGAUGUCUCCAGGCUCAACAAGUACAUUCUCAACCCCAAAAAAGUGUCUGACGCCUGCACGUCGUUGUUCGAUAUCAGGAGCGACAAGCAGUUGGUUGACGGGUCCACUGUUCGGGACCCCACGCACUACUGCACCAACGAUGCGGACUUUGCGCUCGGGUACAGGAUCCACCAGUUCGCAGGCCAGCAGACAGAAAACAACCACGAGAUCCUAGGAAAGUCGUACUUGUACUCCACCGCCCCCUCUCCAUUGAAAUUGGUGUUUUUGACAAACGACAAGGGCUCCUACACGGUGGAUGUUCAGGACCCCGACAAGCCGUCGCUCCAGCACUCGCUCCUCCAGAAUGGCAUGAUCGAGCAGAUGUUGGACCAGAACGUACUCCGCACGUCGCAGCCAUUGAACGUACAAAAAGCAUACACCGCAUUGACAUCCCUCAGGCCACUUCCGGACACUCCCCAAAUGACGGAACACCAGGUCAAAAUUCCGGAAGAGGCCUUUAACGUGAACCCCUACAAAAUCAUCGCCGACUUCGAGUCCGCUCCGGAACCCCUCUCGCGGUCCCACCAGGCAUACCUCGACUCGGUGAGAAAUUCCGUCGCCAACAGAGACCCUCCCAAGUUCUUCUACGAAGCCAAGCUCCUCCAGCUGGUGUCCAACAACUGGCGUGGAGAGCACUACGACUGGCGUUUUUUCAACGGAAUCACCAUUGGCGACGACCAGCACUUGGUAACCUUGCACAGAUUGCUCAAAAACUACCUCCAUUUUGCCAGAACCCACAACCUCAAGACCUGGAUUGCCCACGGCUCGUUGUUGUCAUGGUACUGGAACGGAAUCGCAUUUCCCUGGGACACGGAUGUGGACGUGCAGAUGCCCAUCGAGGACCUCUACAAGUUGGCGCAGGACUUCAACCAGACAUUGGUGGUCGAAAACGCCGCUUCUGCAGAUGGCUCUUUCGACGGCAUGGGACGCUAUUUUGUGGACGUAGGCUCGUCCAUUUCCCACCGCACCAAGGGCAACGGCCGCAACAACAUCGACGCCAGGUUCAUCGACAUCGAUACUGGCCUCUACAUCGACAUCACGGGGUUGGCGCUCACCGACACCCCAGUGCCUGACCGGCUCAAGUAUCUCGCCAACGCCACGUCGGGAACCACCACCACCGCAAGCAUCAAGGCCUACAACUGCCGCAACAUGCACUACAACACCUACGACGAAUUGUCGCCUUUGGUGAUGACUGUAGUGGAGAACCAGGUCGGAUACGUGCCCAGCAACUUCAUCGUGGCCCUCAACGCCGAGUACUCACCCAGAGCCAUGACCGAGCUCUUCCACAGAGACCACUUCUACAACUUUCACUUGCGCAUGUGGAUGCCCACCCAGACAGUGUCGGACUACAUGACACUGGCUGAGCAGUGGUUGCACAUGCGUAACUCGACGUUGAACAACCCCAGAGUGAUGGGGGAAAUCCGCACCCGUGACUUCAAACUGGCUCAGCUCAAGUCGCUUGGCCUCGACGACCACAUCAACCUUUUGCAGGACAACGGGUUCUUUGGUGAGUACUACAAGACCAAGCAAUUCACCUGGUUGCACCAGCAGGAAAUGACGCUUCUUUUGGACCCACACGGCCAGCCGCAGGCUCAUGCCAACCUCUUGAAGAGGUACUCGCCUGGAACGGGGCUCAAGCCAGAUGUUUUUAUGGACCUGGUGAUGCGGGACAUGAAGAAGUUCAGCUACUCCACGCGCAUGAAUGAGAUCCUUGCCUUGUCCAGCUUGUAC